AUGACUAUAUUAUUGGUCACUGUGUGGUCGCAAACCACUAGUAACACGACUGUCCCAUCAAUAUCAUCAGUAUCACCAUCAAAGACAACCCCUAGAGGAACCACAUCCCAUUCAACGACUAACUCAUCGGUCACUUCAAACACUACUGAGAGGACGGUAUCUGAAACCUGUGUAGAAGAAGAAACUACCCGUCCUUACGCUGUGGUCAUCAAUGAGGACAAUACGGAGACGGCGACGGAUAUCUAUAAUAAUAUACCUAACAAUCCUUGUCAAGGCAAUAGUCUGUCGGUGUCAUCAGCACCUGUAGUCAGCAGAAGACUAAACAUACUGUUUGUGACCACCGAUGACAUCGUCUACGGGUUGGGCAGUAAUAGUGAGGGUCAGCUCGGGUUAGGACAUAACCGACCCGUGGAUACCCCCGAAGAAGUGCCGGAAUUAAGUGAACAGAAUAUCUAUCAGUUUAUUAACGGCGAGGACUUUGUGUUAGCCAUCAAUAGUGAGCACCGGUUGUAUAGUUGGGGUCGUAAUGAUAGAGGACAGUUAGCAUUGGAUGCCCCCACAUAUGGCACUACUAAACCAAAAAUCAUAUCAAUAGAUAUUCCUGUGAUUAGUGUCAGUUGUGGUGCUAAUCAUACCCUUGUGCUGACCGGUAGUGGACAUGUAUACGGUUGGGGUAGCAAUGAUCGGGGACAGGUAGGUUGUGGCAAAAGUGAUGUAAAAGCUGUGUUGAAGGCAAUUGAAGUGAAGUUUCCCAACGGAUAUACAAUUGUGAAGAUCUCGUGCAGUGACCGGAAGUCAUUUGCUAUAACGUCGGACGGCUAUGUGUUUAGGUGGGGCUGGAAUGCCUACAGAAAUUGCUUGUAUAAACCCGAGUUAAUGGAUUGUGUGUAUAAUAUACAAAGUGUCGGUGCUAAUAACGAUAAGAUAUACCUGUUGUCAAAUGAUGGACAGAUUUAA